AUGGAAGAAUCCAUAAACACUGACGAAGCACAAGCUACACUUCAAAAAUCAACGCCUCUGCAACACCGUCUAGUCGUCACCCCGGGUGGCACUAAAUAUUGGAUACCACAGUGCGAUGAUGCAAUCGUGCCUCGUAAAGGACAGAAAUUUGAUGGGCUCAACGAAGCUGUCACUUUCUAUCGUGCCUAUGCGUCUACAGUCGGGUUUGACGUUAGGCAAAGCACAUUGUUGAAAGCAAAAGAUAAGACUGUGGUUUGGAAAUACUUGGUGUGUUCGCGACAGGGCUACAAAAAUCAGUCCAACACGGUCCAAACAAUGCAUCCAAGGAGACGCAGGGUGUCUAAUCGAGUGGGAUGUAAUGCCCGGAUUGUGCUGCGAGUUGAUGGGCCUGGUAGCUACGUUGAACGAAAAGCUAUACGCGAGUCUUACUCUGCACGUGGAAUCGUAUCGGGAGGUUUCGACUAA